CACGACUCUAACUAAAGCUGAAGAAGUGAAGCGACGGGGGUUUCGCUCUUGCUGUUGCAGGUUGUUUGACUUGGACCCUGACCUGUUGCCCCUUUUCCGGUACAACUGCAAGCAGUUUGCCAGCCCUCAGGAGUGCCUCUCUGCCCCCGAGUUCCUGGAUCACAUCAGGAAGGUGAUGCUGGUGAUCGAUGCUGCUGUGAGCCACCUGGAGAACUUGUCCUGCCUGGAAGAGUAUCUCUGCAACCUCGGCAAGAAGCACCAGGCAGUCGGUGUGAAGGUCGAGUCAUUCUCGACUGUUGGCGAGUCCUUGCUGUACAUGCUGGAGAAAUGCCUUGGCACUGCCUUCAGCCCAGAUGUGCAGGAGGCCUGGAGCAAACUCUACAGUGCCGUGGUGAAAGCCAUGCGACGGGGCUGGGACACCCUCCCAGAAGGGGACUAG